CAGGUGUCCCAACAGUACGAAUCUUGUGUGUGUUGCUAUACAGUUAUUUUCAGAUCACAUCUGAUGACCAAAUGAUGCACUUAAGCAGCGUCGCAGUGUUGCUGGUCUUUGCGUGCGUCUCCAGCCAGAUACUUAAGGCAGAAUGCCAAAGGCAAAAAGAGAGAGGAGGCAAAAGAGAAACGAAGCAAAGAUUACAGGUUCCGCCAUCGGACAGACAUGAUAGAGGUUCCAAAUCUGCCGGCGGGAAAGGAAUGUUCGAGGGCAGGUUCUCUGCCAAGGAUAAGGCUCAGUGCACCUGGGUGGCGACAGGUGAAGACGACUUCGUGCUUGGUGUCACCUGCAAGAAAGGAGGGACAAGUUUUGACUGUGCAUAUGUCGCCAAACCCACCACUUGUCCUCAGUACGGAUCCAACACCAAACAAUAUUGGAAACAAAUCGCCCGUUCGCUUAAAAAACAGAGGAAACUGUGCUAUGACCAGAAGUCGCUAGUCAAAGCGGGUGUGUGCAGAAAAGCACCGGAGGACGCACAUUUUAGACUCAGCCAAACGCCCAAGGAGACGGCCAAACUUACACCCCCUCCAUCGAAGGAUAAUGAACUGUGUCCAGACCAAAUUGAUAAAAAGACAUUUGCUGAAGAAUAUUGCAAUCAUUCGUGGACUUCUUUGUGUACCUUCCUUUUCACCAUGAUUCAAAACGAGGAUUGUUGAUGUUUCAUUUGAUAUAAUCUGCUGCUGAACCGUUUAUCAAACAGCAAUGGGUUCCUUCUUAAGGGAUUGGGCCUACAAGCAAACAUUUAAAGAUAUUAUUUUGAUAGCGUUUCAUAGCGUCUGAACCUACAUUAGUGUACAUAUGAAAAUAACGUAGAGCUAUUUUGUCACAUUCUCCAUGUUUACCU